AGUUCCCUUCUCUCUCUCUCUCUCGUCCGUUGUUGAUGGGCUUCACCUGGAAACCAUGGCAAGUCCCGUCACCUCCCUAGGCGCUGGCGGCGGUGUCCACACCCUCCUCUUCCUACUCCCCGAGCCCACAACCGGCCUACCGCCCUCCAUCCUGUCUAAGCCCGUCAGCAGCGCCCUCCUCCUCCACCUCACCCUUCUCCACUCCCUUUUAUAACCCCCAACUUCUCCGGCGACCGGAGCCGGCGGCGGCGAUACGAUGGCCCUGGUGUUCCUGCACCACGUCGUCGGCGAUCUCACCGUGGGGAAGCCCGAGCUCGCCGAGUUCUCCGAGGCGGAGACUGUCGAGGCCGCCGUACGCGCCAUCGGCGACUGUGCCGAGGGCGCGAUCGCCGUCUGGCGGCGGCGGGGGGCGCCGUCGCAGCAGCGGCCGAUGCCGGCGGCGGAACCGAGGGCGGCGAGGUUCGUCGGGAUGCUCAACUCGCUGGAUGUGGUGGCGUUCCUCGCGCGGGCGGGCGGGGACCACGAGAAGGCGAUGAGGACGCCGGUCUCCGAAGUGGUCACGCCCAGUCCGUCCCUCUUGAAGGAGGUCGAUCCCGGUACAAGGUUGAUCGAUGCUCUAGAGAUGAUGAAGCAGGGAGUGAGGCGCCUCCUCGUGCGAAAGUGUAUUGCAUGGAAAGGUUUCAGCAAGCGCUUCUCCAUUCUCUAUAAUGGCAAAUGGCUCAAGAAUAUUGAUACCUCAUCUCCAGGUGCCGCUAGUAGUGGUGGCCGACCAUCCUCAUCUUCUCUCCCUGAUGACAAGUUCUGCCUUCUCUCUCGAGAAGAUGUGGUUCGCUUUCUAAUUGGCUGCCUGGGUUCUCUCGCCCCUCUCCCAUUAUCUUCCAUCUCCUCCCUUGGGGCCAUUACUCCACGCUAUGCUUAUAUUGAAGCCUCCUCCUCUGCCCUUGAAGCAGUUCGUAAGAUCCCUCAAGACCCUUGUGCCAUUGCAGUUCUUGAGACAAGUUCUGAUGGUACUCACAAGAUAAUUGGCGACAUCUCUGCAUGCAAACUAUGGAAAUGUGACUACUUAGCAGCUGCAUGGGCUAUGGCAAACUUAUCAGCUGGAGAAUUUGUCAUGGGUGCAGAUGAUAAUGGAACGACACCGAUCUCUCUUCCUGAUUUUACUAUCAAUUCCCUGGUUGAGGACAAUGGGGCCUCUUCGAGGCCAAGAAAGUUCAGCAGCAGGAGUAUUGGAUUCUUCAGCAGUCAAGCAAACCAGAUGGCAGUGGGGAGGCUGAGGAGCAUAUACAGGGGGAGGAGUGUGCCAUUAACAUGCAAGCACACGAGCUCAUUAGCAGCAGUUAUGGCGCAGAUGCUGUCCCACAGGGCUACCCAUGUUUGGGUUACUGAUGCUGAGUCAGAGGACGACAUCUUGGUUGGUGUGGUUUCAUACUCUGACGUUCUCUAUGCAGUUACUAAGAACCCUAACAAUGUGGUUCCUCCAAUCCCUUGAUUUUGUUCAUCCUAUAUGUUUGUUUCUAUAAUUGUUUAUGUUCAUGGUGCAUGUAUUGGUCUUUAGGAAGUUCUUCUGUGGUAUGUUUCGAUUGGAUUGGAUCAUAUACAUUUGAAAACUAUUGAACAAAAUAAAUGUAUAUUUGCAAUGAAUUUUUUUAAUUUGUA